CAGCACACAGAGACGCUCUAUACAAUUGUGUGCUUCAGACUUUGUGGUUAGAGUUUGGGGAAGAACCUCAUAUGGGUGUGAUGGUCAGGGGUGCACAUACUUUUGGCCAUAUGGUGUAUGUUAUUUUGCAUGUUUUAUAAAAGUGAUAUAAUUUAAAUAACAAUUAUUAUUAAAUGGCACCAAGCAGUAGGCGGACCCAUUGUGUGUUUGUGUGUGUGUGUGUGUGUGCUGAUGAAGGAGUUUGAGCUUUACUGAUUCUGGAGAGAGAGAGAGAGAGAGAGAGAGAGAGAGAGAUGGGGAUUUUAAACAUCACACAGCAGACCCCAUUAGUCCAGGCGAUAUUCAGCCGAAAUGUAGAAGAGGUGAAGUUUUUAUUGCACAAGAAAGAAGAUGUCAAUGCACUGGACCAAGAUCUUCGUUCCCCUCUGCAUGCUGCUGCUUUUUUGGGUGAUGUUCGCAUCAUGGACCUUCUCGUCAAGUCAGGUGCUCGUGUUAACGCUAAGGACCAAGCGGGUCUGACUCCACUGCAUCGAGCCGCAGCUUCCAGGAACGACAGGGCAGUGGUGUUGCUGCUGAGUCAGGGGUCAGAGGUCGAGUCCAGGAGUCGGCUCGGCGGUCAGACGCCGCUGCACGUGGCCGCCUCGAACCGGGCGCUGAGGUGCGCUGAAGCUCUGCUGCCUUUCAUGAGCAGCGUGGAUGUCGCGGAUCAGAACGGAAGAACGGCUCUGCACCACGCAGCCUACAGCGGAGACACGGAGAUGGUGACGUUGCUCCUGAGCAAAGGCGCCGACCCGAGUGUGAGGGAUAAUCAGCAGCGACAGCCUCUGCACUGGGCCGCUUACCUCGGAUGUUUGGAGAUCGUGAAGCUCUUGCUGUCUUGCGGUGCUGAUGUGGCGUGCAGAGAUAAACAGGGUUACACGCCUCUCCACGUAGCUGCUAUCAGCGGCCACGUCGACGUCGUCAAGCACCUGCUUCGCCUCGGCGCUGAGAUGGACGAGGCGAAUGCGUUUGGGAACACGUCUCUGCACAUGGCGUGUUAUAACGGACAGGAGGCUGUGGCUAACGAGCUAGUGAACCGCGGCGCUAACGUUAACCAGGCUAACGCCAGAGGCUUCACUCCGCUUCACCUGGCCGCCGUGUCCACGAACGGAGCGCUGUGUCUCGAGCUGCUCGUCAACAACGGCGCCGACAUCAACAUGCAGACUAAGGAGGGGAAAAGCCCUUUGCACAUGGCCGCCGUUCACGGUCGCUUCACUCGAUCCCAGAUCCUCAUUCAAAAUGGUGGGGAUAUAGACUGUGUAGAUAAAUAUGGCAAUACUCCUCUUCACAUUGCUGCUAAGCACGGCCAUGAGCUGCUCAUCAGCACGCUGAUGACUAACGGUGCUGACACGGCCAGACAGGGGAUUCAUGGGAUGUUUCCGCUGCACUUGGCCGUGCUCUACGGGUUUUCAGAUUGCUGUCGAAAGUUACUCUCCUCAGGUCAGCUGUACAGUAUUGUUUCGUCGUUGAGUAACGAACACGUCCUGUCUGCGGGGUUCGAUAUAAACACCCCGGACAGUCUGGGGAGGACCUGUUUACACGCUGCUGCCUCGGGAGGAAACGUGGAAUGUCUAAACUUGCUCUUGAGCAGCGGUGCUGACUUGACCAAGGCGGACAUCAUGGGAAGAACUCCUCUGCACUACGCAGCAGCUAACGGGACGUACCAGUGCACCGUAGCGCUAGUGAGCUCCGGAGCCGAGGUGAACGAGCUCGACCUGAACGGCUGCAGCCCUCUGCACUACGCUGCUGCCUCACACACCUUCCGCAGAGUCGACGCCGAUGAUCUUCAGAGCGAUAUGCGAGAUAAAGAGGCCCUGCUGUGUUUGGAGUAUCUGCUGGAUAACGGAGCUGAUCCAGGACUCAGAGACACUAAAGGCUUCAGUCCCGUUCACUAUGCAGCCGCCUACGGCAACAAACACAACCUGGAGCUGCUCUUAGAAAUGUCCUUUAACUGUUUGGGAGACGUGGAGAGCAGUUUUCCUGUGAGCCCUUUGCACUUAGCUGUGUGUAACGGUCACUGUGAGGCGGUGCAGCUCCUCUCCGAGACGCUGGUGUGUGUGGACGUCCGGGACGGCGCAGGACACACUCCUCUGUAUCUGGCUGCUCGGAAAGGCUCCGUGUCUUGCGUGGAGGUUCUUCUGUCGCACGGAGCUUCGUGCUGCAUCCGAGAGCACGCCGGAAAACGGACACCGCUUCACGGAGCCGCUGCCAGAGGACACACUGACUGUUUGUACGCGCUGUUGAGCCGAGCGGACAGAGAUGACCUCAUCGACCUCGCAGAUGCACAGGGGCAGACGGCUCUGAUGUUGGCCACGCUGGGCGGUCAUGUCGACUGCAUGCACAUGCUACUCGAGAGAGGAAGUAAACCUGACACAGGGGACAGACGCAGUCGCACAGCACUACACAGAGCUGCGGCGCUGGGCAGUGUGGAGUGCGUCUCUGCGUUGUUAGAUCACUCGGCCUCGCCGCUGUGUCGGGACGUUCGGGGGCGGAGCUCUCUGCACUUCGCUGCCUCGUGUGGUCACGCCGAGCUCCUGCAGCUCCUCCUCAGCGCCGCGGCUCAGUCCGACCCGCUGGACUCUCUACUGGACUACAGCAGAUACACACCUGCUCACUGGGCUGCUUACCACGGACACAAGGACUGUUUGGAAAUUUUACUUGAAUAUAAACCAUUAAGUAUCCAGGAAGGGAAUGCCUUCACCCCGCUGCACUGUGCACUAAUGAAAGGCCACGAUGCUGCUGCUGAGCUGCUGGUGAAGAUGAUGGGCAUCGAAAUCAUCAACCUCAGAGACGCCAAAGGAAGAACUCCACUGCAUGCAGCUGCCUGGUCAGAGAAAGUGUCCGGGUUGCAGCUGGCUCUGUUCUGGGGGUCAGAGGUCAACUCGGUGGAUUAUGAAGGGCGUUCGGCUCUGAUGGUGGCUGCUGAGAACGGCCAAACGUCUGCUGUCGAAGUCCUCCUCCAGCAAGCCAAAGCAGACCUGUCACUGCUGGACAUCAACAACAACACAGCACUACACCUGGCCUGCAGCAGAAGUCAUGAGAUGUGUGCGCUGCUGAUUCUGGCUGAGAUCGACGAUCCUUCCCUCAUCAACGCUACAAACAGUGCACUACAGAUGCCGCUCCACAUCGCGGCGAGGAACGGUCUGGCCACCGUGGUGGAGGUGCUCCUGAGUCGAGGUGCUACAGUACUGGCUGUAGAUGAAGAAGGUCGCACCCCGGCGUUGGCGUGCGCUCCGAACAAAGACGUGGCCGAGUGUCUGGCGCUGAUCCUCUCCACCAUGAAGCCUUUUCCUCUUAAAGACGCCGGCAUCAGCGUGUUAAAGCACUGCAGCAUCGCUGCCAACCAUCAUCCUUUACCAAACGGCUACGCCAAGGAGCGCCACGGCACCGUAGGGCUCGACAGCUGAGACACACACACACACCUUUCUCACACCUGUAUAACCACAGCCUCUAUAACCUACAGCCAUGUUAGAAAGCCAGGAAUGUACCACUGUGUGUGUGUGUGGGGGGGUAAAUUUCAGUUAACAGACCUGCGCAUAUGCAAAUAUUCACUCCUUUUCACCUCGGCACAUUUAAUUUAAUCUUUUUUUUUUUUUUUUUUUAUGGGAUGGAUGGAUGCAAGAAACUGUGAUACAUACACCUGUCUUUUUUUUUUUUUUUUACCUGAGAUGGAAGAAUGAGAGUUGUCUACACAUUUCUACAAACACAACAAUUCUGAAGUCGCAGCCAUCACUAGCUGUAGCACUAGCUGUGAGUCUCUCCGUUACGUCACCUGCAUCACAUCAGACUUUCAUCUAAAAAAAAUUAAGCAAUUAAAAAACAUAGCAAGGCAAAAGUCUGGUGUGAGGACUAGCGAACAAUUAGAGAGACCAUAGCUCCGCCCUCUUGUUUUCUAUUGGCUCAUGCAUCCGAGAUUUGCAUAUUUAGAUGUUUUGAUAAGCUUGACAUAAAGCAAACUUGUUAAAAAAACAAAAACAAACUGGUAACGGAAGAAAAUUCCCACUGAAGUCACAUUUUCUCCAGGAAAACUUGUUCCGUUUGACGUCUGAUUGAGAUGCUGAUAGCUGCGACUUCAGAAGGUUAAUGACUGUUUAAUUGUUUUUUUUUUUAUUUCCUGAAUAUCUCCAGACGUUUUAGCGAUGUCCAGUGCCUCUGCUAAUAACGAGUGUGUCCUUACUGUCCCUUACACUCUUUUUUAACCUUUUUAAUUAAUUUAAAUGUUAAUCUCCUGCAAUUUUCCUAAUGAAAUGAGAGGAAAACAUCAACGCACACACACACACUUACUCACACACACUCACACUCAACUGUUCAUCAGGUUCAAAUGGCCUCAUUCUUUAUUUAUUUACUUAUUAAUGCCAUGGUUUGCACUUUUUUUUUCCUCCAGGAGAUACCGGGAGUGUUUGUGAAGUAGGGCUGGCCCGAACACCAUUUUUAUGAUUACGUUUGUUACUGCAGUUCAAAAUAUAUCCAGUAGGGGGCGUAUAUGACGUAUUAAUAGUGUAUAUACAGUAUAUGUGAUAGCACAAAUUAAAUGAAAUCACACCAAGAGAUAUUUAUUAUAAUUUCUUUUUAUUAUUGCACAAACCAGAUCAAUAACAUGAGCCUAAACAAAUAACAAGUGCGUCCGAUGGUCCGAUGGUGCGAUGGUGCGAUGUGUAAAGUGUUGUUUAACUAAAAACAUAUCAAUAAACAUCUGUUUACUUUCAGCAAACUUUAAAAUAUCCUACGGUAUGAGAGUCGUACAUUUCAGUAGCUGUGCAACAGUGACAGUUUUUCCGAUAAGUUUUUCUCUCCCCCAUGUCGUGUUUUCCGUCCUACGGCUUUUUAAAGCAAUAAUACAUUUGAUUUGGUUUAAAACAUAUUUUAUUUGUCAUUUUUGUUUGUAUUAGAUUAACUGAGAUUCAGGGAUACAUAUCAACACACUCGUAUUGACGUCUGACGUCUUUGAGCAGUAGUUAUACUUCUAAUUAAGGCUAGAGAAACUAAUACCGUAAAAACGUAACGAGCGAAUACUCGAGUGUUAGAUUAUUCGGGCCAGCCCUGGUGUGAAGGUUUUCCGUCACUCGUGACUUGCUAAUACGAGACACUAAGUGAUUUUUGUGUUUCAGGAUCGCUGCUAUAAUUACGCUGCCUUCGUUGAUUUCUGUUUUUUUGUUUUGUUUUAAUUUUGUUUGUUUGUUUAUGAGCAAUAAUCGUCCAAGUGAUUACACAUUACCUCGUAUUUCUGAACAGCUUUUCUGAAUAUUGGAUCAGAAAAACUGGAAUAUUUGCACAGAGAAAACGUUUGCACACGGCAGCAGUCAAGUGUUUAUAAAAACAAGAAAAAUCGUGAAAUUAAUGAAGUGUGUGUGCUGUAGUUCUGUAACAGAAGUGUUACCAACAUUAGUAAAGAGAAGGUAAAAAAAAAAAAAACAGAGUUUGACCACAGAAGCCCGAGCGCAUGUCUGACUCCACGCAAACGGCAUAAAAGAUAACUCUUCUGCGAUCUUCAGAGGAAUGAGCUUACUCAAAGGUAUUUAUUUUCUGCUUAAACACCACCGCAAUGAUGUGUGUUUAUAAAGUCCUGCCUUUUAGUCUUUAAGCAUCAACUGCAACAAGCCUUGACCGGUGACUGUUACACACACACACACACUCACACUCACUCGCUUAUCUAUUCACUCAGCCACUAAUGCUGGAAGGAGGCUCAGGAUAAACUCUGUAAAAAAGCAGUAGCCCUAAUGAGGCUUUGUGGGAAAACUCUUCCCUAUGAUCAGGGAGGUUGCAGGUUCAAAUCCUGCCUUGGGUCUCUGGUUUUUGACUGUUUAGCAAUGAUAAAUAUACAAAACGAAAGCCUUAGCCAUGUCAGCACCAGCAGCCCUGUGUGUGUGUGUGUGUGUGUGUGUGUGUGUGUGUGUGUGUGUGUGUGUGUGUGUGUGUGUGUGUGUGUUGUUGAUGCUUGGGGUUUGAGGCCCAGGUGGUGGUACAAAUCCUGCAUGAAGAACCGCAGAGCUUUUACAGAUCUGGAUUAAUUUUCAUUUAGUGUAGUAAAAACUAGCAAUAGUGUAAUGUAGUAUAAUAAUAGUAAAUAAAAUGAAAUAUAGUAGUGAUAGUUAAUUAAAAAAAAAGAAAGUAAUAGAUUAUAAAAUGACUAUUGUUGUAUGGUCCAGAGUAGCAUAACCCCUCCUUUCGCCAAUGCAGCAGAGAACCCCUGUAUGAGCCAUAACACGAACUACUGGAAGCAGGUUCAGGAUAAACUCUGUAAAAACACACUGCAGUCCCCAUGUGGCUUUAUGGGAAAGCGCUUGCCUCCCAUUGGUGAGGUUGCAGGUUCAAAUCCUGCCUUGGCUCUCUUCUUCUCUGCCUUUUGACAAUUUAGCAAUGCUAAAUAUACAAAAUAUACAAACACUUGAGCCAGCAGCAGCUUAGUGUGUUAGUAAGAGUGUGUGUAUGUAAGUGUGUGGUAUUGACUCUUGGGGUUCAAGGCUCCGGUGGGGCGAAAAGCAAGGCCUUGAGCCUGCAUGAAGGAACUCUGGGGUAAAAUUAAAUUUUAAUUAGUGUAGUAAAAACUAAUAGUGUAACAUAGUAUAAUAUUAGUAAAUGAGAUAGUAGUGAUAGUUAAUUAACAAAUGAAAGUAUAAAAUUAUUAUUGUUAUAUGGUCCAGAGUAGCAUAACCCCUCCUUUCACCUCCCCCAGAGCCCCAGGUGGGAGCAUCCAGACUUUCUCUCUCUUUCCUUCUCACUGCUGGAUUUAUUGCCCCACCUGGUUCCAGCACCUCAGGCUCACCUGCAGGCAGUCUCGAGCUCGAGCCUUUACACCCUGCAGUGACGCUCAGCCCUCACCUCCAGACCCCUGAGCCACUGGUGCCUUCACACAACGGCCCUUUUUUUUGGGGGGUUUGUCUUUCGCUUUACACCGCUUACACGCAAUGACGUGUGUUUAGAAAGAAAACACCGCCUGGGCCAAGGUUUGAACCAUGACCCUCACACACAGCACACACAAACACACCAACCUGCCCACUGAACCACCAGAGCAGACAGGCUCUGCUGGAACCUUCAACAUCUGUGGUGUGAUGUUACAGGUUUCACACUCGCUUUAGGAAACACUCCCAGGUUGCUGCUGAGCUACACCUGAAAAUAUUUUUAAAUAUAUAUAUAUAUAUAUAUAACAACACUGCAGCAGCAUGAUGGUGUAGUGGGUAGUGCGGGCAUCUUCUCACAGCUCCUGUGUCCCUGGUUUGGUCCUGAGCUCCUGUUACUGUGUGUGUAUCAAACAAACAAAAAAAAACCCCAAGAUUUCUUUAUUAAUGUAUCUCAAAUACGAUGAGUUACUGCAAGACUUAAACCAUGUGCAGAGACUUCGGCAUGAACGAAGCUUGUGGCUUAUUUCAUUUUUGUUAAAUUCACACACAUACUUUUGUAUAUUUUAUUUGGCAGGAAGUCACCUGGGUAGGCAGCGUGAAGCAUUUCUUAAACAAGGAAGUCCAACAAUUCUGUUUACCAGCUUGUUUUUUUCCACAAAGUUAUACAAUCUUGUAAUAAUAUUGUAUUGGAUAGUUAUCACAAUAUCACUGCCUGUCAUUUACCUUCUGAAGACAUUGGAUUUGGAUCCAUUACAACUCCGUUGAUGCGCUUUAAGGCCUGAACAUUGUCACUCUUACUCAUAAGGAGUUAAAAAUUCUGAGAAGCCUGUUGAACAAAGCUGAAGUUGACAAAACAUAUAAUGAAGUGCAUGUACAGCUCUGUGCAAAAGUCUUGGCACCCUAUAUUUUUAGUACAAACUUUGUUAUAGAUGUUUAUUUUCUGACUUCUACAUUAUUGAUUCAGCACAAAAACAUUUUAGAUUCCAAACAUUAGUUUUCCAGCUCAGAAUGAAAUGUUACAGAAAAAUGUUUGUAUGUCAGUAAAGAAAGCAGCAGAUUCCAUAAGAGACACUUUUCAGAUAAAAACAGAAUGAAGGCUGCUGGGUUUCGCUGCAGAAAUAAGAAGCGAGUCUUAAAGUGAAGGAUCGUCACAUCAAAUAUUGACUUUUUAUAGUAUUUUUUAAUGUAGAAACAUUUAAUUUCAUUAUUUUUGAAGCUCUACAGCGUUGCUUUGCAUGUGCCUAAGACUUUUGCACAGUACUGUACAUAAAACAAUUAAAAUAAAUAAUUAAAAUAAUCUGAUAACCGUAACACAAUUACACACACUCAGUUGUUCUAUAAUAGAGAACGUUUGGUGCCACAAUAAUUGGUAUUUCCUGACCUUCGUGCGUAGAAGCGCCGAAUUAUAACAUUAAAAACGACAAUUUAAAAAAAUGACAUUUAGCCAAUUGAUGUGAAUCUGGAAUGAUUGACCAUUCUGUAGUUGUUCUAACACCCUCGUGGAAGCCCCGCCCCCUUUCCCUCAUCUCACAUUUGUAUUGUUCCUCGACUCGAUUUUUCCACUUGAAAGUUGCACGGAUGCGUCGUCGCCGCUUUCUGUCCCGUUAGAUGGAGAAUGUUUUGAGUUCAUCGACGUGAAAUAAAAUCUAUCCAUCAGUGCGCUGGACUUAGCUAACAUUAGACAAGUAUAUAGCUAACGUCAUUUAAAUGUGUUUAUUAGGGAUGACACCGUGGCCAUUAGGCUUGUGACACUGUCGAAGAACAACAACAACAAUAGUGAUGACACUGAAAUUAUGUUCGAAAAUGUUUCGAAAGAGAACAAAGGACGAAAAGUUUUGAUUAAACAGCAGUGCAGACUGUCUGUGUGUGUGCAAACGCUUAACAGUUUCAACAAGGGACAUUAUACAAGUGAGUUGUGAAAAUAUUAUACUGAAAAUGUACUGUGUUUACAUUUUUUUUUGUGUUGCGUUUUUUUUUUACUCCCCGUAAUUCCUGGGACGUCUCAUUACUCCUGUUCGAUUAGGGUUAGGAAUACUAUUAUUUAUAUUAAGCUAUGUGCAAUAACACACAUAUUUAUAUAAAUACCUCAUAAAGGUAGCAAAGCCAGUCUCUCUCUGUGUGUGUGUGUGUGUGUGUGUGUGUGUGUUAGUUAUUGUGUAUAUGUGUACACAGACAUAUACGUUAACAUCCGGAGUCUCAAGUAAGUGUGUGAACGAUGAAUUCCCAACAGCUCAGAGACUCUGAGAGUGGUUUUGUGCAAUAAGGACGGAUGAUUUUCCACUAAACAUCACUACGGAAUAUUUCACUCAGCUAAAGACUCUAAAGAAAUUUAAUGACGUGUUAUGAUUAAAAUUUUCCUCCAAAUUUUAAACAAGCACGAGAACCGUAUUCAUUUAAACAUGUUUUUUUUUUUUAAUUAUUAGUCAACAAGCGUUCUUUAGAUCAAGCCUUAAAUUAUUUAGUCGUUCCAUAUUUUUUACUUUAAAUUAGGUAUUAUAAUUUAAUCUUCGACAAUCGGUAUUUAAAGGGCUUUUAAGAUAAACGUUAUAAGGAUGCAUUUGCAUAUUCGAGUGUGUGUUUGUGCGCUCUUUGGUGUUUUUCCUCUCAUUACAGUACGACUGAAUGCUCCUACAACAUACUACACUCAUUUAUAUACUCAAGGGCUUCUCAAAAAACGAUGCCAUCUUUCCUUUCCUUUUAUUUUAUUUUCUUUAGUUGUGUUUCAAAUACACACACUGUGUUCUACACACUACACACUACACACUACACGUCGGAGUCUGAAAUCAAACUCUGAAGUUUUGCACUAAACAGAAAAAUUCAUUUUUUGGAUUCAGAAUAGAAGGAAAGCACAUUUUAGUAAACAGUGAAACAUCAGCUGAACAAGAUACUAGACCCUAGCUAUCUGUAGCUACUAGCUAGCUAGACAGUUAGCCAGUAACUUUUCCCAAUUCAAUUACAAGAAAGCCAACAAAUCCAAUUCAUUUUUUAAGCAUUACGUUGCUUAUCUUUCUUACCUUUUUUCAUCUGUUUGUCCUCGUCUGCUUUUUGUCGUUUGCGUUUUUCCGCCCGGAAACAUAGGAACGCUUCAUGAUCGCUGCGUCUUCCUGAUCCUCUGACACGAGUUAACUAAUUUAGCUACAUAAAUUGAAGUUUCUAUUCUUUUCACACCACAAGGGGGCGCCCUGUGACUGCGUGAUACGUAAACCUCUUCGCUAAAUGAUAGUCAAGUGUGCUUUUUUUUAAUUUGCAUAUAAAUUUUUUUACAUUAUGGCGCCCCCUUGGUGGUCCCGGAGCCCUAAGCGAGCAUUUAUAGGAAGAAGAAACGGGUUUAAUUUUUUUCAUAUUUGUGUAAAACUACAGCACCAUCUGCUGGCUCCGCCCCUUUCCCAGCUACCUAUAGCUACACAUAAAAAGCAUUCAGCCCUUCUAUGCUUUAUUUUUUGGCGUGUUUUAAUAGUGCACUACUUACUACACUACACACUACUGCACUAUUUUUACUGCUUUAUAUUCAGCUCAUUAUACCUCAACUUAUUAUACCACGCUCAUGAAGGAAAAAUAAUCAGUACUUUUAUUGUAGCUAAUGCAUCGAUGCUCUGCAGAACGCUAAAAUGGCACAGGACCGCAGAUUCACGCUGCGUUCACGCCAGGACGAAACGAGUGGGCGUGGCCUGGCCGGCUUUUUGAGCUUCUGAUUAAAAAUAGUUAAAAACACUUAAAAGCUGCUGUAUCGCCUAUAAAUAUCACUGUCAUGUUUUUUAAAUGUAUUUUAUUUUAGUUUUUUGUUUCUGUUGCUUUAAGCUAAAUUAUUAUUUUUUUUACACUGACUUUGUAUAAUUAUCCAGAAUUAGCGAGAUAAUUUUAAGGCGUAUUUUGAGCAUUUUUUAAUUAACACCUAUGCUGAACGUUGGUAAACUGAGGACUAAAGGUGGGUGAAAUGGUUCAAAAUAUUACACCACGAUACCUAAGGACAGAUUCACGAUACCCAGUGUAUAUCGCAAUAUAGAAUUUUGCGGAUGUUUUGCUAAUUUUUAUAAAUUUAAAUAUUUCAUGAAAUGAAAGUUUUUAAUGUCCAGUUACUUUUUACAGUAAAUAACCAAAUAUUUAUAAAAUCGCCGACACCUGACGAUGAUAAUGACGAUACUUAGUCAAGUGUAUCAUGCUGUUAUUAUAUCACAAUAUCGAUAUCGUAUCAUCGUAUCGUCCCGCCCCCCAACAUUUACUCCAGCAAAUCGUUUGAAAAUGAGAAUGUUGAUUUGAUUUGUCUCCCGUUUAUUUAUUCUGGUGCACUUUUUAAAGAAACAAACAGUUAUUUGUGGGUUUGUUGCUCGUUAGUAUGAACACAGAGAAGAGAUUAAAAUAAACGUCGCAUGCUUCGUGGCCGAAACGAUUCGCCUACAAGUGGAACUCGGGAUCAAGCCUUUUAUAUGAUCGACGUCUGAGUAAAUCACGUAGCGACAUUAAACUGUCAGAGAUAUUUAUUACUGUUUGAUAUUUUAUGUUUCCAAGUUCACACACACAGCUACGUGCUGAUAAUCACGAUAUUCUCUAAUCACGAUAAUCACGAUCUCAAUUCUUCUGUAUUUGAUUUGGCAGGAAGUCAUCUGGGUAUUCGGCAUAAAGAAAGUUUUUUUUUUUUAAAUUUUAGUCAAAUCUGAGAUUCUCAAACAAGGAAAUCAGAUCAUUCUGUUCACCAGCGAGUUACUGAAGUUGUUUUUUCCACCCAAUGAUACAAGUUAUUAUUUCACGAUAUUAAAAAAAGAGAAGAUUCGCACACGUCUGUCGUUCUUCUGAAAGCUCCUGUGCUCGCUCACUCAUCCUGAUUCCCAUUUUAAAGAGAGAAAAAAAAAUUACUCAUUUGAAAAUUGUCUAAUUUUAUCUAAUAAACAAUAAAGUCAGGUUCUGGUGUAAUUCUUUAGAGUUCAUAAGCAGCAUAUUGUUGGAGUCCAACAGCAGUGAUGAAAACAGACAAAUUUUACAAAGCUGAGAAACAUAUAAUGAUGGGAAUACUACAAUCCUACAGGAAGUGACUUUUUAAAAAGUUUAGCUGUCUUUUUUUUAAUGUUUUUUUCUUCCAAAGUUUAAAAAAAAUGAACUUGUCAGAAAAGCGCUGAGUGACUUCCAGCGUUUGAAGUCCUGACCAAUCAGGUCGCAGUUUAGAGGGAAGUGUGAGGAGCACAAAAAGAGCUGCUUUUCUGAAAACAAAAGCAGCAUAAAUGAAAAUAAUCUUCUCUCUGAUUCCAAAAGCAGUUAUUUAUUUAUUCAUGUGCACUUUUUUUUCUUUGUAUCUUUAAUAUAUCAGUACGUGUGUGUGUUGAAUCAUUCGAAGAGGUCAGAGAGGAGACAGAUCUUAACCAUGUGUUUAUAAUUCUGAGUGUGUGUGAAUAAAUAACAGUAGUUUCAGAGCUCCACACACACACACACACACACACACACACACACACACACACAGGCGCAGUAUAGUGUAGUCUGUAGAUGUGGUUGUAUGACGUACACAUGACUUUGCACUGCCUUUAACGAGUUGCCAAAAAAACCAAACAAAAUAAAGCAAAAAAACAGCAGAGGUGUAGUGAUGGAUGAAGAAGCAGUAGGUGGGCAGAUUUGUGGGUGGAUUUGUAGAUGUCUGGACGUCAGAAACAGAAACGUCUGAGGUGAAGCGGAAGUGAAAAAGUGCCACGCUUAACUGGCUGAAAUUUGCACUAGAACAGGAAACGGAGUUACGUGAUUAAUAAAACACGUCUCGCCGCUGAGCUGUGUGUUUCUGUUCGGUUUGUUUUCUUCCUCUCUGCACGGUGGGACGUUUAAAAGUCAAGCUCAGGAUUUUCCUCUCUUUAUUAUUAAUUAUUCCCAGCGUAAGAGCGGAAUAUCUAACGUAGGCGUGUCUCGAUAAUUAGUUAACGUCCGAUAACAGAAAAUAUCAGACGGCUGCUGGAUCCUUUAACGCGGUUUGUGUAAUUUUAAGUGAAUUUAGCUAACAUUUCAUAUCUAUUCCCAACAACAGGAAACCCAUAUAUGAUUGUUGCUAUGGCAACAUCUCAGAGGGCGUAACUCGCUCUGCGUGUUUCUACGUGUUAAUAUUUAAACCGCCGUUUUUAUCCAUGGAGCUGGAGGCGGGGCUUUACUGAGCUCUGUUUCUGAUUGGUGCAUCAAUUUCAAAAGGCUCCACCAAUCACAGAGCGUCUGGUGGAAAUUCAUCCAGCGUUCAACAGCUUGGCGUCAUUAAUUAACUAAUUACUGAAAUAAAGUUAAAAAAAAUUAAGUAUGUAAAGACAUUGUGCCACAGGCAUCAGGAUACAGUGCAUCGUGUAUUAUUCAUUUAUUUAAUCCGGUCUGAAAAUCUUCUCUGCGUUUUUGAUAAAAAACAUAAGCAUGUGAAUAUAGAACGGUCAGUUUUGUUUUUUUAAUGAUUAUUUAUUUCAGUUUCCUGAGUAUUUUAUGUCAGAAACAUUAUUUCAAAGAGAGGAAGAAACACAGCUCCCCUGUUUAUUUUUAAAUAUAUAGUCUACAGCCUGAAAAGAAAAAUACAAAUCGGAUGCACAUACGGCUUUAAUGAAGCGGAAAAAGUUUACAAACGAAAACGUGUCCCUUAAAUACUUGAUUUCUGAAGGUUAAUCUGUCAGGACUGGAUUAUUACGUUAUUUUGGGAAGAAUCCCAUGUUUACCUCCAUGGACGUUUUGUGUCCCGCUUUACUUGAAGAAUUAGUUUAAGGCAAUAAAAACGACUUCUUGUGUAUUUUCUUCUUGUGACCCGAUUAAAGAACCGCACCGAGGAGGAGAACACACCAGGGUUCUGUUCAGACACACUGAACACUAAGCACACUGACUCACUUCACACUCAACCACUCUGUAAAAACAGACUUCAGCUUCUGGUGACGUCUCGUUUAUUCAGUUGGAAAAAACCUUUUUAAUGGAAGCUUUAAUUUUAGACAUCAGCCUUACACACACACACACACACACACACACACACACUUCAAUCCUUCAGCUCAUUUUUGUCAUUAAACUCGGAUUGAUUCGUGUCGUGUGCCGAUCGCAGGAAGUAAGACGUGUUUGGAAAGUGUGAAAUAAAUGAAAUAACCCUGUUAUUAACCUGCAGGCUUCAUUUUUUUAACCGCAGCGUUAAUGUUUGUUUUGUUUUAUACCGUGUGACGCAGACGAUGAGUUUUGUUCUGUGGCUUGGAAUUGAUUUAAAUAAAGAGCUGGUGCUUAAUUUA